GCAGGUAGUGGUACCGAGGAUCAGGCAGAAGGAUGAUCAGGCAAGCCAGGGGUUCAACAGGAGAUGGUCAGCAGAGGUCAGGAUCAAAGCAGGGUCAGCAACGAGGCAGGGACACAGGAUACCAGGUACAGGGGCUCAUGGGAAACAUACACCAAGGCCCUGAUCACAGGCCUGGUCAUUCCUUAAAUACACCUCCUGCAAUCAGCCCAGGUGUUGGCUGACUACAGGAGUGAGCUUCUGGCUGCUGAGAGCACCCACUGGUCAGCCCUGGUACUGCAGCCCACAUGGCAGGUGAGUCCCACCACCAGUGCUGAGUCCAUUCCUGACACAUGCACUCUCCC